AUGAAUGAUAUGAGUAGCCAUGAAGGAAUAUCAAAAAAGAGAAGAAAAAAAUCAUCCCCAACUAGUGCCCCUAGUGAGUUUCUUCUCCCCCUUGCAAUUUCUUCUCCCCCCCCUGCAAUUUUCUUCUUCACCCUGCGAUUCUCAUCGUCACAGCCAACGUCGUUGGCGUAUAUCUUGUCGUCGAUCAUUAAUCCUGAGGUCUUGUCGUCGCCUUCCAUUUUGGGAAAGUGUGAAGCCCUAGAGCAAAAGUUUGGGAGAUUUAAGGUUUUGGGUAUUGCUGUGGACCUUCUUCAGAACAAAAAGGAUGCAAGUGGUUUGUAUGGCAAGUCGUUUCCACAUUACUAUACACUUGGAGAAAUAUUUGGAAAAGAUCAUGCUAUUGGAACAAAUGCUGGAAAUGCUGAUGAUGAUGAAGAAGACGUUAGGCGAGAUGAUGCAAGUGUUCAUCAGAAUAGAAGUGUGGGUGAUGAUUUUAUUAAGGAGAUGUUUUCACAUCUUGAUGGUGGGUCACAAUAUGGGGGUUCAGAAUAUGAGGGAUCUCAAUUUGAUGAUGUUGAGGAUUUAGAAGAUGAUGAGACAACUUUUACACAACCAAAUCCCCAACCCUCAAGUGCCCAACAGAAGAGACCCGCACAAGAUGUAGCAAGUGGUCCAAGUAAUCCUCGUAGGAAGGUAAAUGCUUUGAAUGAAAUGUCUAACAAAUUUGGACUUAUGGCUGAAGCUGUAGCAGGAAUGGCACCUCAGCUUGCAGGCUUGGUUAAUGUUCUUUCAACAUAG